UGGCACGUGUUUAAUCCUGCCCAAGUUCAAUGGCCGAACGCUAUGAUCGGGCGGUGACCAUAUACUCACCCGAUGGCCACCUGCUGCAAGUGGAAUAUGCCCAGGAGGCCGUCCGCAGGGGAUCCACUGUGGUGGGUCUGCGCACCAACAACGCCAUCGUGCUCGGCGUGGAGAAGAGGUCCGUGGGCGAUUUGCAGGAGGAGCGAAUGGUGCGCAAGAUUUGCAUGCUAGACGACCACGUGGCGUUGACUUUUUCGGGCCUCACGGCGGACGCACGGAUCCUGGUAAGCCGCGCCCAAAUGGAGGCCCAGAGUCACCGCCUGAAUUUCGAGAAGCCCGUGACCGUGGAGUACAUUACACGCUACAUAGCGCAGCUGAAGCAGAACUACACGCAGAGCAAUGGCAGGCGUCCCUUCGGAUUGUCCUGUUUGGUCGGCGGCUUCGACGAGGAUGGCACUCCGCACCUGUUCCAAACGGAGCCCUCGGGCAUCUACUACGAGUGGAGGGCCAACACCACGGGUCGCUCCAGCCAGCCGGUUCGCGACUACAUGGAGAAGCACGCGGAGGAGAUUCUGGCCUCCGCCGACGAGCCCACGGCCAUCAAGCACAUAGUCCGCACCCUGGUCAGUGUGUCCUCGCUGACGGCCAGUCAAAUGGAUGUGGCGGUGCUGAAGUUCCGGCAGCCACUGCGUAUGAUUGAUCGCAAAGUGCUGGCCGAUCUGGUGCGCACCGUGCGCUCGGAACUGGAGGCCGAGGCGGAGGCCAGUAGGCUCAAACGCGUUCCCUGAUUCUGCACACGGCCGCGGGGCGGAUUCCUCCUCGCCCUUCCAUGACCAAUCAAAAGUUGAUAGCCAGUGCGUCUCCUCUUUUUUCUCCUCUCCAUCUGGGCGAUUCAAUUUCGGCCUGGGAGUUGGGGAAAAGUAAUCAGCAGGAAAAAUGUCUAAAGGGCGGGCAAAUCACUUAAUUUGUCUCGAGGGCGUAUUUGUUUACUUUAUAUCUCAGACGAGAUGGAGCGUCCGCUCCUCUCAGGCCAACCGAGUUAAAAAGUUUUAAGUGAAAAUGGGAAUUGAAUUUGUAGUCCAAAAAAUAAGACAAGCCAGCGCACACGUGCAGAAAAAAUGAUUUUAUUUAAUUUGCCUUUGAUUUCUGAGCAAACGUCAUUUCGUUUGAUCAAUUUCUAGUUAGUAAAGGGAUUUUAUCAGUUGCCAACCAUUCGUUUUGCAAGUAUUCAUAGAAGGUAUUUUUAUUUCGUUGUGUUUUAUAUUAUAUUAGACGAACUCUUAAAGAUAUAUGUAAAACCUAGACACUUACAAAGUAAGGAAAUUUUAAGAUAAAUUAUAGUUAAUAAAACUCUUAAGGGUUGCGAUUUGUAUUUAUUGUUAGCAAAAAAAGGCAUUUGUUAUAAACUCACAUGACCUAUAUAAACCAG